AUGACUUCGACACCCUCCAACAAGACUGACAUCUGGUCUGCAGAUGCGUAUGGGACUACUGUUGCGCCCUUCGUAGCUGCUUUAACUAACAAGAUUGUCGCAUGGCUGGAACCUCAACCACAAGAUGAAAUUCUUGAUGUCGGCUGCGGAGAAGGCGUCUUAACUGCAAAGAUUGCGCCACAUGUAAAGCGUAUUGUUGGCGUAGACGCCUCACCCAAUAUGAUCGAAUCUUUCAACAAGACAUUCCCGGGAGUCGAUGCUCGUGUGGUUGACUGUCGGCACCUGGACAAGGAUCAAAGCCUCUGCAACGCCUCUUUCAACAAGGUUUUCUCCAAUGCAGCUCUACACUGGAUUCUCCGUGAUGAAAACACACGCACGAACGCCAUUAAGGGUUGCUUUGACGCCCUUAAGCCUGGUGGCCUUUUGGUAAGCGAGUCAGGUGCUCUAGGCAAUGUUGCCGAGGUCCAUGCAGCUAUUAUCGGAGCUCUUGUACAUCAGGGUAUCCCGGUUGAAGCGGCUAGAAACGCGUCCCCUUGGUGGUUCCCAAGCCUUGACGCCAUGAAAAAUCUAGUCGAGAGCCAAGGAUUUAAGUGGCUUAAGGGUGAAGUCGAACUGAGACAGACGGAGCUUACGAAUAAUGAAGGCGGUGGCAUCGAAGGAUGGGUUCGCCUUUUCGGAGCAGAUUUUCUCUCGCUCUUAGCUACCGAAGGUCAACGUGAAGUGGCGGUUAGAGAGGUCGUUCAAGUGUUAGAAGGAGUUGGUCGGCGCCAACACGACGGAGCCUUUACGGUUAACUACAUCCGACUCCGUUUUGUCGCUCAGAAAAGCCCCUAA